AUGGCUAAUGAAAAUUCAAAUAUUUCUGUCAAUUUUACGACAGACGAAAAUGAUACUUUAAGCAUUGACUUCCCAGAACCUUAUAAAAGUAUACGGAAUUUUAUUAACUGGGCCAUUAUCGGUUUGGUCUUAAUGUCUAUAGCAGGAAAUACUAUGAUUAUAAUAGUAAUGUCACGUAAACAGAAUCGCAAUUCUUCAACCUCAACGUUUUUCACAGCUUUAGCAGUUUCGGACAUGUCACUAGCGAUAUCUGUAUCAUUUGAACGCUGGUUACAUUGGACAUGCAACAUUAGCUUAUAUGGCAUAAGUCCAUAUCUAACAACAGCAAAAACUAUCUUAACGUAUUCGAACAUUCAGAUAUCGUCUUGGCUACUUCUCUGUAUAACUGUAGAGAGGGUUCUUAGCAUUGCCAUGCCGUUACAAAUUCGAGAAAUCUGUACAAAAGCACGUGCUGGUGUGACACUAUUUAUACUUUGUUUUGUGAUAACUGCUCUGAAUACAGUUGAGUUUACUUGCAUUGUCAGCGUUCAGUUUGACAAGACGUUUGGUAUUAUAUGGAUAAGAAAGGUCGAUAAUGGCGAGACAAUUAUAGCAUGGAUGGAUUUUAUCAACUCUUUCUUUAUUCCUAUAACCGUCAUCAUUGUUGGCUCCGUGUAUAUUGUUGUACAUCUUCUCCGUAUUUCGAUACAAAAGCAAGCUUCAAAGAACGGUCGCAACAGGUCUGUGACGAUGACUUUGCUCGCAGCAAACAUAGUGUUUGUGCUAACUAUGUCACCAUUCGUUCUUCUUCAUCUGAUCUACCCUAGCCUGGAUGGAAUAGACGUAUCACCAUACCUCUUUUGGACAAUAUCAGAAUUGUUCAUGUUUCUCUCCGAUAUGAAUGCAGCUCUAAAUUUCUUCGUCUACGUUCUCAGUGGAUCGAGAUUUAGAUCAGAUGUAAAGCAGAUAUUCGGAUUUCAAGAUUUAAACGUGGAUUCAUCAACUAUUUCAAGUAAAAGGCGUCAACUGAAUGCGGUUCGCGCAGUGACUUCUCUUAAACAGCACGCUUCCACAUGA